AUGCUCUCCUCCCUCCGUCAGUCAACCCUGACAUACUCUGUGUCCUCCUCCUUUCUCCAUUCCGCCUCCUUCCGGCUCAUCAACCCCCGUCACCACCAAAUUGGUACCGACUGCGUCUCCCAGACUCUCCCAGCCAGCAAGGUCGCUGGGCUAGACGAUGAGCAGCUGCUUGCGCGCUUUACAGCAGGGUUUUUUUGUGGUGCCGUAUUUAGCUUUGAGCGGUGGUUGUUGUGGUCAGGGAACGGGAAGAUCCUGCCAGUAGGAUAUACAGGUAAACAGACUUCAUACUGUCUAUUUUCUACUGCCGUAUUAAUGAAAGGCUUCAACAAACCACAAACGGCAAUUUGGAAAGCAUCGGAAAUUCCAAAUACACAUCUCCUUCCCAUCGGCACGCGUCUCUUUGGCUCUUUUCUCCUCGUGGAUAAGCACAUCUCAGAAGACGCCGACCAGCCGAGUUAUGUAGAUUACGGCUUUGGUUCGGAUACGUCCGGCUUUUCAGGCUGCCAUCGCAUGCAGGUCAGCAGAAUUCAAGGCACAGAUAGCAGUGAAGAGGCUCUGUUGGAAAUUGACUGGUUCACAAUGGGUAAUGAUUACAGAUGA